UAUCCAAUACCACGGGCGGGAAAUCCUUUCCGGUGGGGACAAAGCUUUUAUGCAGAGCAAGGCCUUCGGUGCCAAUCAUAGUGGCUACUACGCCUAAAGAGCCUGCAGAACUAUGUCAUCGGCGGGGAAGCCGCGUUAACAGUGGCCGUUUGGAACGCCGCAGGCCUUUAGAUUAACUCUCCCCCGACUAGCCCUGUAAGGUCUUAGCAACGGCUUUUCUUCGUGCCAUGCUCGUGGUUCCCCAAUGGAUGCGAAAACCACCUUGCCACACUUACUGUAGGUACUGAACCAUGCUUCACUUUCCCUUUAUUUCUCACACGGCUUAGGAGUUACUUUCCAUCUACUGCUACUCGUACACCAGAUCUUUUCACAUACACUCGCCGUGGUUUCGCACCACAUGCCCCACUCCCCAUGAUUUGCCAAAACUCUUUCGUAUUUGAUCCGAUCUUUUGCCUACCAAUUUCCAGGUAAACUUUUGAGCAGUGCAAUCCGAUGUCAGGCCAUCAGCAGCAGCGUCGUGGUGAUACUGCGCGUUCUCUGCCGACGUCAGACCGUUCGCGGUCGCAAUCCUCAGCCCAGAUUCUGGCUCUCUCCAUUGAAACUCCUGACGGUCUACCCAAUCGAACUAUCACUACUACUACACAGACGCCACAGUCACCUGCGCACGCUCCAGUCUUCCGAGUCCCCCAAUCUCCUCGCGUCGCACCCGGUAGCGAUGCCUCCCAGACAGCAGGAAAAGUUGCGAUACCAAGGCUUAAGAGGCCGAUCGAUUCCGCAGGGGAGGAUGCCAGUAGAUCAGCUGGUAGGCAUAGGGUCAAUCAUGCGUGCGAGCCAUGCCGCCACAGAAAGACAAAAUGUAGCGGAGAGCGACCGAUCUGUAGACAUUGCCAGGAUUUCAAGAUAGCAUGUUUCUAUGCGGAUGGCAAGCGGGAUCGGGUGAAGAAGCAAUUUGGAACAAUGUCUGAAAAAGUGGCAGACUAUGAAAAACUACUCAAAUCUCUCGUCGACAGAGUGGACGAGACCGAUGCAAGAUUGAUUCGAAUAUCCUUAGAGAAGCAGGAAGCAUACGAUGUUGAAGAGACGCCCACAGAAGCUACGCUGGACACGGUGACUACAUUUGCCAGUAUCGAAGAUGGUGUCGACGGCCAUGAAUCUGGCGCCGAGUCUGAGGUCUCUGCCGGAGCGGGCUCUACCGGUGCUCUCGAUAGAACCGAUGAGGACUUCACACGCGAGCAGGCCCGCGCGACGGGUUACAUGGGCAAGAAUUCAGAGAUUACCUGGCUGCAGCGUCUGCGGGAAGAGAAUAAAUUUGGAGAUAACCCCAAAGACGCUCUCGGCAGCGAACAGCAACGCAAGAUGGCCGAUGGCUCCGUCACAUCCUUCUCCGCCAUGCGGCCCCCAUCCGAAGUGCAGUUGCCGUUAGCGGAGGCAGACGAUGGCUUUGCCGUCAACGGCUCAAGCUAUCAUCUCGAUGACAUGUCUAUAUUCACCUUUGAGGCUGUCGACCCAUACGAGAUGCCGACACCAGACGCCGCGAAUCACUUAUUCAAUGCGUACAUGGACCGAUGCCACGCCACCUUCCCAGUGGUUGGAAGGACGAAUCUUACGGCCCAGUUCAAGAAGUAUAUUACUGGCUCUGUUCAAACACCGCCGGAGAAGUGGCUUGCUAUACUCAACAUGAUCUUCGCGAUCGGCGCGAAAUACUCACAUCUAAUCAAGGCGGAUUGGCGAGGCGACGAACGUGACCAUCUGAUAUAUUUCACUCGAGCACGACUCUUGCACAUGAAUUCCGAAACCUUGUUCCAGCAUCCCGAUCUUCAGCAGAUACAAAUUUUAGGGUUGAUGUCGUUCUACCUAUUGUGCGUCAGUCAAGUCAAUCGAGCCUGGCUCUUGACUGGAUUUGCUGUUCGUGCUGCUACUGCGCUUGGCAUGAACAUCCGCAAUGACAGUACAAACCUCAAGAAUUCUCUCAAGGAAAUUCGCUAUCGCGUAUGGUGGGCGCUUUACACACUCGAACAUCGACUGUGUAGCAUGACAGGCAGAGUCAACUGUAUCCUCGAUGAACAUUGCACCACCCCGUUGCCCGCUCCUCUGGAGGAAGAUCAGUUCGACAGCGAGGACGGACAGAAACUUCUCAGCAAGGAAAGACAACAGGGCGAUCGAGCUCCAGCAUCGAAUCCUCAAACGCCGAGUGCAUCCUCCGCGACUCCCUCGACGGAACGCUCCCGUUCUCAGACAAAGAUCGACUCACGGUCGCCAUCCAUGCCCACGAAUCAGGGCGACCUGGCCUGGGCGAAGGAUGUUCCUGCCAACGGUUCCCUCUAUUUCCUCCACCUUGUGCAAUUAACUCGAUUGACACAAAACAUUUUCCAUCGCCUUUACAAUCCCGCCUCUGCCUCUGGCACUUGGUCCGACAUCCAAGCCAAGAUCGGAGAGCUCGAUGAACAGCUCGAAUUCUGGUACAGGAAACUUCCUCAAGCUUUUGCGUUCAAAAGGAAGCAACGUGAACGUGGCUCGUAUGAAUACCGUUUGAGCCUGGGGUUCUACUACUACGGCGCAAAGAUGACUAUCCACAGACCAUGCCUUUGCCGGCUUGACCGUAAAAUCCCACAUCAAUCUGUGAAGUCGCUGGAAUUCAACCGAAACUCUGCUGCGUCGUGCGUCAAGGCCGCCAUGGAGCUGUUGGAGUUGAUCCCCGAUGAGCCAAAUGCUAUUGGUCUGAUCCGCGUAGGACCAUGGUGGAGCAUGCUGCACUGGCUUGUGCAGAGUACAACGGUUUUGAUGCUCGAAAUAACGUUUCGAGCCAACCACAUGCCUGAGGAGGUGGAUGCGAUGAUGGAGUCAAGUAAGAAGGCAAUUCGAUGGCUUCAUGCGUUGGGAGAAGACAGCCAGUCCGCAAAGCGUGCCUGGAACAUUUGUUUCCCCAUGCUUCGGGAGGCCGCCAAAAAGUGUGGUCGCGAGAUGACCGAUGUUCCCCAGCAACCGCCGGGCAAACCAUCACCUCCACCUUCUGAUGCUAUGAUGUCAGACGGUAUUGGCGCCAGCUAUCCAUAUGGUGUCGAUCUGUUCACAACGGCACCAAAUGCGCAGUCGUUGUACGCCACGAUGCCGCAGCAGUCGAUGCCUCAAUUGCCGACGUCACAAGCUUUCGCCAUGUACGAUCCCAUGAUGCAUUAUGAUCAGUACUAUCCACCAGAAUAUCAACUCAACGAGCAGAUGCACUACCAUCAAUCUGGUGACCCAGAGAUGGAGUUCAUGAGCAGUGCAUAUCACGACGAUCAGGGUCACAAUCAAGGAAGUGGGAGCAGCCGUGGGCCAGGGUACAGCUAGGAGCAGUCCAUGGCCUAUGGUAAUGACCAAACUUAUCCCCCAGCCGGGAGUCUUCUCGAAACGGCUGACCUUCAGUAUUAUCCAGAGAUCGACCAUGAUCAUCAGGCUGGUGCUCCAGAUACUGAUGGCAGGUUCAGACGACAUUACAACCAACCUGUCUCGCAUGAACGAGCGCAACGAUCAGGCUUUGGUCAGGGUACACCUAUGGCCCUCGACGAUGACGCGAUCGAUCCUCGAAUCUCAAGACAGGACUUCGCCCAGCAACGCCCGCCAUAAGAUGCUUAUUACUCACCAAGAAAGGAUCUUCUGAAAACCAACAACAAAAGAAC